CAAUAUCGGCAUGUCGUGCAUGGACGAGUGGAUGAAGCGUUGUCUGCCAACAGACGGUCAGAAAAUCAUACAGCGACAGAUAGCUGGUGCGCAGAUUCUCAUGCGCUAUCUCUGCUCAAAUGGAACUGCUGUGAGAAAAGAGUACCUGCGAGAGCCAGCGUGCCUGGCAAUGGUGUCAGCCGAUUGGUCGGGCUGUGUGGACGAUCUGCAAAUGGCUGUCAGAGAUAUCGCAGAGCGCUCUCAGCAAAUUGUUUACUUCAACAGAAACUCAGAAUUUUGUUGCGCCCGUGACGAGUUCCUGGCGUGCGUAUCGCGCGCGGCGCGGGCGUGCUCGGCCAGGGCGGGCACCGUGCUUCGUCGUAUCGCGUGGGUGCUGGCACAGGAUGUCGCGGCGUGCAGCAACGAACCGCGCGCGCACUGUGCUGCCCCUCAGCCGCCGCCAGCGCGCCUCACUGCACCACUGCUCACCGCGCUAUACGCACUGCUCUUCCCGCCUCUACAAUAGAUGAGCCGAGCUAUGAAAGCGUCUGGCGCUUAGUACGUUUUGAUGUUUACGUUAAAUAAGUUCAUUCGGUUCAUUUCAUGCAGUAGAUGUUCUUUGUCUGGCCAUAGUUCUCUCGAAGAAUCCAGGCCAUAUGAAGGAUCUGAGCGCUUGGUGGACGACGAAAGAUCGUCAAUGUAUCCAAAAGUGAUGGGGCAAACAAUACAGAGGAUCGUCAUCUCAUAAAAGGGAUAUACGCACUUUGUGAUCCCAACUAUAGGUCUGCGUCUGCUAAGAACCGCGUGGAUUGUGUUCUUUUUGCUCUUGCCACGUGCAUGCAGAAGCAAUUUUGAUCGUUACUAUAUUUUGUUGGAGGCCAACGUAUGCUAUUCAGGUAGAAGCGGUUUAAUAAUGUAUUUAAAUAAGGACAACGAUGUCUUUAAAGAAGACAUAAAUUUUUUAAUUAAAUGUAAAGAUGGAUGUAAUAAAUAAUU